AUUCAUCUGCAGCCUCGUGGGAAGCUACGGAUCCAUUUGCACCUCUUUUCUUUUCACGCUUCGAAUGCUUCAUUCGUACAAAAUCUUGCCCCUGAGACCAAGAACGGCAUCAGAGUUUGUGGAGCACGUUCGGGCCAACUUUGCCCAAGAGUCGGAGCUUGCAGCUGCAGAAGCGAAUGAGACCCGGGCUCUUCGUGCAGCACUUUUCAGACAUCCAUGCUCCAGUUUUUCCUCCACGUCAGAAGAAUGAAUGUGAUUCAGUAGCGGUGGAUGGAGACUUGAAUUGCGCUGAGCUGAGCUGACGAGAGUCGAUCGUCGAGCGACUUCUGCAGUUGCUCUUGGCUCACAUGCUCUCCACAUCCCGACAGGAUACAGUCGCAGCCUGCAGAGCUACGAUAUUUUAGCUCCAGGUUCCUCCAGGACUGGGUGAAUUUGGAAAGGUUGGCAAUAUUUCUCAAAAUUGGAUUCGAAAAUUUGGCAUAAAAUGGUUCUAUCGCCCGAAGCCUCUCUUAGUUCUGGAUCGACCAGGGAGGUGGAGAGGACUCUGGACAAGAAAGACGGAAAAUCGUUUUACAAUCCGGGUGGCGAGGGAUGUUCCCGGAACUUUGAAUUAGAUCCACAUUCCGAGAAUCCCUGGAGUACCCCAAGCGAAAUUUGGGAACAGGAAGAGGCUUUGAUGAAUUCGCAAACACAGAUGCAGCUGAAUUUUCUCGAUCAGAAGGAUGUUCCGCUUGGAGGUUUAGGCCACCCAUACGAAGAACUCGUCCCAGGAAAUCAGACUCUUCAUGACAUAAUCAUGCCGGCCGCUGGAGUUCAGUCCUUACGUACAAGUCUAGGAGGGGAUGCGUUUGGAGAUGCGCUUUCGAAGGAGAGUGGCGACAGGGAGAUAAAGCAAGAGAUGCGUGCAGAUUCCUCCGAUGGCAGUGAUCCGAUGGAUGAGGAUGAAGACAAAGGUGGAUCCGGCUCCCGAUCUGGCAGGAGACACCUCUCGAAGAAUCUGGUUGCAGAACGAAAGCGAAGAAAAAAGCUGAACGAGCGAUUGUAUGCCCUCCGUGCCCUGGUUCCAAAGAUCACGAAGAUGGAUCGAGCUUCAAUUCUCGGUGAUGCUAUAGAGUACGUGCGGGAACUACAAGCUCGAGUAGAUUGUCUCCAGAAGGAGCUGCUCGAUGAUGAAGAAAUCCUUAACGUUGAUGCCAUACUGGAAGACGGUAACAGAGAAGGCUGCUUUGAAGACAUCAAAACCUCUGAGCCACGGCUUGACAUCAUCCCCGAAGAACAACAAAUAGAGAAUCUUGUUCAGCCUAUGGAAGUCUAUGUGCACAAGUUGGAUGAAGCCGUAUUUACUGUCCGAAUUAUAAGUGAAAAGUCUGAAGGAAUGUUUCUGGGCGUCCUACGCAUCAUGGAUGAGUAUGGAUUUGAUAUUUUACAUGCGAAUAUCAUUACCCACCGUGGCAUUGCGCUGCACGUUUUCAGAGCAGAGAUUAGAGACAAGAAGACCCCCACGAUAGAACAAGUGAAGGAGAGCUUAUUACAAUUAUCUAAAUUUCAGUUCGGCGGAUUUGAUAAUCCAAAUGAAUUGGUGAAUGAGCCUAUGAAUAUAGUAAGUUCGACGCCUGAUCAUAGACAGUCGUGAAUUUAGAAAAAUUACACACAUAUCUGCGUUUCAAUAUCU